UGUUGUAUAACAGAUUCAUCGGUAAAUUCUGAUGUAGAUGGGGAGGAAUCAGAAACUGAGACUGAUAAAUCGGAAGUCGAUGAAAAAACGGAAUUGGAAAUUGAUAUAGUAGAAUCAGAGAUUGAGGAAUUGGUAAUAAGUGACGAAAGUUUUUAG